AUGAGACUCUCUACUCUGUUCCUCAUAGUUUUGACAACUGCGCCUGCACUCUCAGUUCAUGGACAGUGUAUGGUUUGUCCCGAUGGUCCCGAUUCCAGUGCUGCUGGGACUCCCGCUUGUACCAAUCUUGAUACUCGCUACAAGAAUAUUACCUUUGCCGAAGAAUGCGCUGGAAUCCAAAUGGCGUUCAUGCCCUCGUGCUGUCCUUCUCAAUUAGCGACCAUUGCCAAGGACAAUGCCUGUGGCUGGUGCACUAAUGGGGUAUCCGAGUUUGAUGCUGUAGUGGAAUUGCCAUUCUCGACGGAAUCUGUGACCUGUGGAGCUCUCAUGUUUGGGAUUCUUGGAACGCAAGUGGAUCCAGACGUCUGCACCUUUUACAAUAGUAUUGCUCCAAUUUGUUGUCCCAAUGGUGAAGAGUUUGCAAGAUGCGACUUUUGCCCAUUUGGAAUGGAUCAUCCCGACGUUGUUUUGCCAAGCAGUGAUGGCAGUUCUUGUCAAGAUAUCAAACGAUAUGCCGACCUUGUGUUUGAAGGAGAAAUGUGCGAGAAUUCGUUGAAACCGGUCGAGACCGUGUGCUGCCCCAGCACCACGGACAAUUUUGUUUGCGAUUACUGUUCUGGAGGUCUCGAGUUCCCUGACAAUAUGCUAGAUGACAGCAUUCAGUGUUCGGAACUCACACUCUUCUCCAAGCUUGCCAAUGAAACGCAAUGCGAGGAUAUCAAGAUUAGCGAAGCUCUGUGCUGCCCAUCCAGCACCACCAACUCCCUGCCACCCGUUACGGAAGGUGAUUAUUGCUACCUUUGUGGGAGCGCCGAGGUGGAAAUGAAGCGACCGGAGUAUCAACCUUUUGCCCUUGGAGAUUCUGUCAUGACAGAGGAUGACCUGAUGACUUGUGCCCAAAUUGAACAAGACAUGAAUGAUGACCGUCAGCCAGGAUCGUCUUGUAUGAAUGCCGUUGGAAGCUUUACGCUAUUUUUCUCUCCGUCGAUUUGCGGAUGUGGUGGCUUUGAACCUCCGAAUGCUUGUGACAUUUGCAAUGGUGGCACUGUGAACCGAGCCGCCAUGGCUCCCGGACAGAACUUUACUUGUGGGGAAGGAAUUGAUUUCUUGAAGCAUACUUCCGCUGCCUUUUGUGCGUCAGCAGAAGAUGUGGAUUUGGACGAGAUUAAUGCUGCUUGCUGCAUUUAUGAUGAUGCUGAUGCUGAUGACGGUGAUGGAGCUACCAACAAUUCAGGUGCUGAGAUUUACGGUCAGUGUGUGACGUGUCCAGGUGGCAUUGAGUUCCCUGAUGCUACUCCUAAUAAUAGCAAUGGCCUCACCUGCUCCACGAUUGACACAGCCUAUGCGAGUGUUGAUGAGGCCUCUUGCAAACAAUUCCAGUACAUUACCAUGCCAGCCUGUUGCCCAUCCCAGAUUCCAUUCAUUGCUCAAGGAAACGCUUGUGGAUGGUGCCCCAAUGGUGUGACCAACCUUCAAGGGCAGGUUGACCUUUCGGCGUUCCAAUCUGAUAUAGUCAGCUGUGGAGAGAUGAUGACAGUCGUGGCCUCUAGAGAUGAUCAGCCUGGAGUGUGUGAUAUCGCUCAAUCCACUGCGGAAAUUUGCUGCCCUGGAGACUCUGGAGGUACUGGUUUCGACUGUGAAUUCUGCACCAUGGGAGUGGAAUUCCCGGACCUGGUCGUUCCGGAAGCGGAAAACUUGACCUGUUUCCAGAUUGAAGCUGCUGCUAAGAUUGCCAAUGAAACCAUCUGCAGCACCUUGGUGCAACCGAUCGAAGGCGAAUGUUGCCCAAACUCUGUCAUUGCCCCAACCGAUCCUCCUGUAACUGCUAUGCCCGCACCAACCGACAUGCCUGUAACAAUGCCAACAGAUUUUCCCAUCCCGACUGAUCCCCCAUGUGUGUUCUGCCCUCUUGGUAUCGAGACAGAAGAGAUUGAUCUCUCCUUUCUGGAUAUUCUUGGUCUCCCCAUUCCCGGUGGUCUUCUGGGCAAUUUCACUUGUAGUGACUUGCAACUAAGUGCCGCCCUUUCCCCCAGUCUCGCAUGUGAUGACGACAUUAUACUGUUUGAAAAUUUCUGUUGUCCCAGCACAUCCGGUGGCUAUCAGUGCAAUUGGUGCCCAGGAGAUUUAGGAAUGGAAUUUCCCGAUCGCCAAGUCCCGUUGCUGGGCCUCGACCUUCCGGCUUUGACCUGCACCGAUAUUCUUUCCUUUAUUCCAGCCGUCACGACCAAGGAAACCUGCAGUGACUACCAGACAGCCGAAAGUAUCUGCUGUCCCACGACUGUGGGUGCCGUCCAAUGCGAUUUCUGCUCGGGACCCGGCGGGUUGGAGUUUCCAGAUCAAUCGAUUGAUGAUAGCGGACUCACCUGUACCGAUUUUGCCAGCUUCGCCCUGGGAGCCCCCAACGAAGACUUUUGCCAAAACAUUGAGGCUGCCCAAGGUCUAUGUUGUCCUGCGAGCAGCGGUGUCAGCCUUCCGCCGGUUGCAGAGGGCGAGUACUGCUACAUUUGUGGAAAUGCCGAUGUGGUAAUGACGAAGCCUGACUACCAACCCUAUGCGUUUGGUGGCGCUGAAGACCCAGAUGAUUUGGUUACUUGUGCUGAGAUUGAAGCACUGAUCAAUGAAGAACGUGGCUCGGAAGAGUCCUGUGGAAGUGCGAUUGCUAGCUUUACUUUUCUCUUUUCUCCGUCCAUCUGUGGUUGUGCUGGAGUUGAACCACCAAACGUUUGUGGGUUUUGUGAAGGAAAAAGUGUGAAGCGUGAUGUAGUGCUCCCUGAAGAAAAUGUCACUUGCGGAGAUGCCUAUGACUUUGUCCAACAUUUUACUUCUUCUAUUGCCUGCGAUGGCGCAAACACGGAAUUUGGUGAAGCGGAGAGAAUCUGUUGCGGUGACGAGUUGGAACAAGGAGGUGGAGAUGGAGGUUCAGAGUCGGCUGCUAGGUCUUCUGGAGCUGGGCUCUUUUUUGUUUAUGCAUCCUUUGUCGUUGGGUUUGUAUUGCCCUAA